AUGCAGUCGAAGUUCAACAUCAAUUUCCCUGUUUACAAGGCUGGAAAGCAUGGUCAAACCACCCUGGCUCUUCCUGACAGGGUGUAUAAAAUCGAUUUGACUGUUUAUUUGGACAUAGAGAAAAAUCCUGGACCAGAAAUGGAUGUGUUGGCUUAUUCAUCUAACUUGCCUCCCAAGAAUGUUAAUCUACGCGCUAUACAUGAAGGAUCAAUUAACUAUUUAAUGUCAAAUCAGUUACUAGGGUUCCAACCUUUUUACCAGCUACAAAGACCGUGUUUUGGUGAUGUAAGGCAUUCUCAAGAUGAUUUCGAAGCUUAUGGGGUAGGUAGGCGUGUUUCAUCUGUUUACGAAAUACAGAGAAUUCCAUCAGUAAACAUUACUAGAAGAAGGCAAUGCAUAUUUCAACAUAGAAAUAAUGUUGGUGCUAAUUUAAAUAAUCUUGUAAACAUUACGCCCACGAAGAAUUGUCCUAAAACUGAAACCUCAAAUUUGCUGCACCUCGCUAUGCUGAAUGCCCGUUCCUUAAACAACAAGGCCAUGUUUAUAAAGGACUACGUUGUAGAACACCGUGUAGAUUGUUUGGCAGUAACAGAAACUUGGUUAAACUCGAACAAUGUGUAUUUGAUUAAUGAACUCUGUCCUCGCGGGUAUGCAUUUAUGCAUAUUCCACGAAGUAUAGGCUAUGGGGGCGGUGUUGGCUUAUUGUAUAAAAAGAAUUACAAGACAGAAAAACAAAAUGUUGCCCAAUAUUCAUCAUUCGAGUAUAUGGAAACUUUAAUUAGAUCGCCUAGUACAGUUCUGAGGAUCGGUAUAGUUUAUCGACCCCCUCCUUCUGCAGAAAAUGGACAAACAGUUAACAUGUUUUUCGAUGAAUUUUCUGACUUACUUGAACGAUUGGCUGUAUCCAGCGGCAAACUCGUAUUGCUAGGAGAUUUUAACUUUCACGUUGACGAUCUCACAAACCCUCAGGCUGCAAGAUUCCUUGAUUUACUGGACUGCUACAAUUUAAAGCAGCAUAUAACUGGUGCAACUCAUAAAGCAAAUCACACCUUGGAUCUUGUGACUACUAGGUCAUGUGAGGAUAUGAUCCACAGCUGGUCAUCCAUGGACCCUCAAUUAUCUGAUCAUAAAGUUAUCCAUACAAAAUUACAUCUUAUUAAACCACGUCUACCAAGGCAAGAGAGACAAUACCGCAAACUUCGCAGUGUAGACCCAGCAGUUUUUCGAAAUGAUGUAAUUAAAUGCGCACUAUUCACCUCGGAAGCGUGUAAUGUGGUAGAUUUAUGUGACCAAUAUGACAGUGAAUUGCUCAAGGUUGUCGAUUCCCAUGCACCUUUAAAAACAUGCAUAGUAAGUUCACGACCGUCUGCACCAUGGUAUACUGAGGACAUUUCUAAGGAGAAAUGCAAGCGUCGUCAACUUGAAAGACGUUGGCGUAAGUCUGGAUUAGAUAUGGAUAAACAGCAGUAUUAUGAUCAGUGCAAACGG